CCAUGCCAUUGCAAGCUUACCGUUUCAAUUAGAAAAUUCAACUGUUGAUAUGAAGCCUUCAUGUCCAUUCAGAUAUUUUGCAUCAUAAGCAUUCAGUCCCUCAUUGGCCAAUUGGGACGCGCGGCUACCUCAGCCAGCAUUACAACCAACCUGAUCUCGUCGCUAUUGAUUCAAUUGUAUCAAUUUGUGAUGAUAAUUAUGACCAAUGACUAAACCACCUUCCUCCUCAAUUGCAGCACGGCUGCUACGAUUGCGAAUUCAAAUGUUCUUUCGACUAGCGACAAGCUCUUCUCGGUGUUUCUAUAUCAACUUGCCCCUGGGCGUCAUUCCGGUUACCGUGAUCAUCUUCUUCAUCCAAACCCUGAAUGAUCAGGCGACUACCAAGACCAGCCUCUUGGAACAAGUGAAGCAGAUGGACCCUCUUGGCUUAGUGACUCCGUGGCCGGGCGUCGUCUGCUUUAACGGACGCAUCAUUGCACUUCUUGUUAUUACCGUGAUCCUUCUCAUCAUCUUCACCAUUGUGCAAAUAAAGAGCGAAAACCGGGCGACAAUGCCGAUGCGCGUCUUUCAUAACCGGGCUCUGCCCUGCUUUGUGCCGACCAUCAAGGGCGCCAGUGCCCUUGAGUCGGGCAUCAUGAACCUUCCCAUGAUCCUCCGCUUUGUUGUUGCGUCUGUCUUGGGAGGUCUCUUGACGUCCGUGGUGGGCUACUACGUGCCGUUCAAAUAUGAAACUGUCGUGCUCCUAGGUAUUGGUGCCGGUCUUCUAAGUACCCCAGAGGCCAACUCCGGACAUGCCGACUGGAUUGGCUAUCAAGUGACCUCGGGACUGGGCAUCGGGUUCGGCUUGCAGUCGGCCUUUUCACCCUCCCAGACAGUCCCCUCCCUGUCCGUUGUGGCAUUUGGACCUUGGAUUAUCAUUUUCGCAGAGAAGCUCGGAGCAGCCUUCAUGGAGUCUGUGGCGAUGAGCGUGUUUACCAACCAGUUAGUCCGCAACCUGGCCGAAGAUGUCCCUUCAAUUGACCCCAACACCGUGGUCAAUGCGGAUGCGACCGGGCUGGUCAAUACCGUGCCCUCAUCGUUGUACGAUGCAGUCAUUUUGGCGUACAACAAGUUUGUGACACAGACACUCUAUGUUGCAAUUGCAACUGCCGUGGCGUACUGCGGUGUCCUUGGAGUGACAGCGCUGGAAUGGAUUAAUAUCAAGGCGAAGAAGUCGGAGGAGAAUAGCGCGUGAGAUAAGAUUUUAAACUUGACCAUUUUUUACUAUUAGAGCAAAGAUAACAAUGUCAUG